AGCCGUGAGUGAGUAAUAGCAUCCUAGUUUUGAGGCCCACUUCCGGACAUCUUGCUUUGAUCAACCUUGGAACUUCAAUGUUCAAUUCAAUUGAUGUUCCUUGCCGACUUAGCCUAUCCAAGGUACUUCUUCGAACUUUACACUUAACUACCUACUACACAGUCCACACUCUAUUACCAGUUACCUACCUACCUAGUACAUGUACUUAUUGAAUAUAACUUACGUACUUUAAAAUAUCAUACAUACUGAAUUUCGACUCUCUUCUUGACUUUUACUAUCCUAAACCUUAGUUAUUGCUAUUCCAUACUCUGGCGUCAGCUAUCUCUAUUCCCUCUCUCUUUCUUAUUUCUUAGAAUAAGCCCUCCUCUUCUCUUCUCUUCCCUGUCCCCAUUCAAUACAAAAUACAACCCACACAAUCUAGCUAUUGUAAGACGAGAGCACCCUCGCGUGCUAUAUUCAACUACGAUGACGAGCGAAACUGCCGCGCAAUCGCCUUUGGCAGCAUCCGAUAUGACCCUGGAGUCUUACAAAUUCCCAACCCAUCGUUUGGUGCGACAACAGCGCGAUCCCGAACGCAUCCCUCUGGUGCUUGUUGCCUGCGGUAGUUUUUCGCCCAUCACCUACCUCCAUCUCCGAAUGUUUGAGAUGGCCAACGAUUACGCACGCAUAAAUACACAGUACGAGGUUGUCGGAGGCUUUCUAUCGCCAGUGUCUGAUGCGUACCGAAAAGCUGGCUUGGCAGAAGCGCGACACAGAGUAACCAUGUGUGAAUUGGCAACAGAAGAGACAUCAACCUGGCUGAUGGUUGACCCUUGGGAGGCUCUCCAACCCCAGUAUAUGCCCACUGCCAAGGUGUUAGACCACUUUGAAUAUGAAAUCAACAGUGUUCGCGGCGGCAUUCUCUCCCGGGAUGGAAAAAGCAGCAAGCCAGUUAAGAUCAUGCUACUCGCAGGCGCAGAUCUUAUCAGUACUAUGUCGACACCUGGAGUCUGGGCCGAGAAGGAUCUCGACCAUAUCCUAGGCGGCUUCGGAGCAAUGAUAAUCGAAAGAAGCGGAACCGACAUAGACGAGGCUCUUGCCAACCUUAAGCAGUGGGAACAUAAUAUUCAUGUCAUCACGCAGAUUAUACAAAAUGAUGUGAGCAGUACUAAGAUUAGACUGUUCCUGAGACGAGACAUGAGUGUGCAGUAUCUGAUACCCGCGCCGGUGAUUCGAUAUAUCGACGAACAUAAGCUAUACACAGAAGAUAGCGGAGCAAAGUCGAAGGACAAGCAAAAUGCAGAGAAUUAAGUCAUCAACAAGCUACAGACAGACGAUUUCGGUUAUUGACGCUUUAUCGAUGCGUACGUCAUCUUGGUAACUGCUCUAAGGCAAC